AUGCCUUUUUGUGGAUUUGAGCGUUACACAAAUAGUGUGCUUGUUGCAUUGACGUUCGUUGGAUUCUGUCGCUUUCGACGGUUAUUCACAACGGAUUCUGUGCAUACUUCUGCAUUCGUAGCCUUACUCUUUCCGGUAAGUGUUGGUCUAUCUUCACUUGCUGUGCUGACGCGACAAACGAACAUCGUCUGGGCUGGCUUCAGUGCCGCUAUUCGCCUUUUUCGAGGUAUCGACACGUCUAAGCCUUUCUCUUCGCUGGUUCAUUCACUUAUUAGCCUUGCAUCGUUUAUAAUCCUAGCAUUUUCCUUUGUUGUUUUCGUCUUCAUCAAUGGAGGCAUUGUCCUGGGCGAUGCCUCUGCUCACCAUCCACGUUUACAUCUUGCUCAGUUGCUCUAUCUGACUCUUUUUAUAGCCAUUCAUGCUUGGCCUCAUGCUCUACCUCGAUUGACCAAGUUACUGGUAGCAGCUGAAGUAAUCUCGCAAAUGAUUGUUUUCAGUUCUGUCUUUUAUCUGUUUCUGUUCAAACCAUUCGAAUGGGCUAAUGAGCCAGGGGCAAAACAAAGAUUUAUGUGGUGA